UGUCCGUUUCGUGCCCUCGGUUGCUAGGAGGCGGAGAAUGCUAGAAAUACAUCGCAGUGAGGAGCUCUCGCUCACACCGCUCUACAGCGACACGUGAUAAUAGUUCCUCGGGUUUUUUGGUAUCUGGUAUAGGUUUUUGUUGUUCAGUCGCAUCAACGGUUAUUGAAACUAACGUUAGACGUUUACAAUGGCGUCCGACUGCACUCAAGAGGCCGUUCUUGUUUUUCUGCGGGGGAAAGGUGGCAAAGCGACCAACGCGGAUCUAAUUGAGCAUUUUAAGUUCGUGUUCCCGGAGGAGUCGCAGGAGAGAGCUGCGGUCCGUAAGACUUUUAAAAACUACGUGGACCACGUUGCUUUCGUAAAGACCGAGGGCGAAAUCAAAUAUGUCUGCCUAAAGAAAAGAUUCCGCGGUUCGGAGAGGCUCCAUCCGGACGAGCUCCGUCCCCGUUAUCCGGACGCUUCAGAAGGCACGAGUGACGCAGCGGAGUCCCGUGCCGCAGCAGCGGGAUCUUCGUUCAACAUGCCGUGGCCUGUAAAAACCGGUACUACAGGACCAGUUCCGGCAGGUGGUGUGGGACUCAACCCCGGAAACAGACUUGUGGAGGCCGAGGCUCUUGCCCCAGAAAGCCAGGCGGAAGGAGAACACAGUAACGUGGCGGCCAGGAGCAGAGCUCCCUCCAGGCAGCCGGAGUCUGAUGAUGAUGAUGAUGAUGAGGGCGACGAAGGGCAGUCGGACACAUGUAGUCUCUCUGGGAGCGAAGGACUCUGCAGCCCCAAAGGCAGCCUCAUCGCGGCCAUGAUGAACAGCUCCCCCCAGCUGAGGAGGAGCGUGGUGACACAAGGCUCGGUGCACCUGUCACCCAGGACCGACGGCGACUCGGUCUCCCUGGUCUCCUCCUGCCCAGACGACGAGAGGACCCCGGUGGCUCUGGACCCGCUGGAACACGAGUGGAUGAUGUGUGCCUUGGACGGUGAGUGGGGCAGGAUGCACCCCCUCCUCACCACGGAGCCCAGUCUGAUCCUGAGGAAGGACUUUGUCACCGGAUUCACCUGCUUGCACUGGGCGGCCAAGCGAGGCAAGCCCGAGCUGAUGGCGCUGAUCUUCAAUUUCGCCAAACAGAACGACACCCCCGUCAGCGCCGACGUUCGGUCAAACUCCGGCUACACGCCUCUGCACGUCGCCGCCAUGCACAACCACAUGGAGGUGGUUAAGCUCCUGGUUGGGGCCUACAGUGCAGACGUGGAGAUCAGGGACUACAGCGGGAGGAAGGCCUGCCAGUAUCUCACUGACAAUGUGAGCGUGGAUAUCCAGGACAUAAUAGGAGCAUACGAGCACACCGACCCAAAUGACACAAGCCACGAGGCCGGAGGCCGCUGGAGGUUCUCCAAGGCUCUCCAGUCCAACCUGAAGCCCCUCAGACUCCUCAACCCCAAUGACGACGGUGAUUCGGUGGACGGGGAGGUCCGACCCUCAGAGAAGGUCCUCAGGAGGAAAUCCUCCUUCAUCAGGAUGAAACCCGAACUGCAGCGGCUGCGCUUAAGGACAUCGCAGAUUGUCCACAGGAUGUCGUUCCGUGAGGCAGAGGAGUCAGGGGCCUCUGGGAAAGGUUCCCUUAAGUCCAGACCCAAGACCCACUUCUUUGGCUGAGAUCAGUGUGGUUAUAGAGCACAACGUCUCCAGGAAUAUGGCAGAGGACCAUUUUUAUAUUCCACUUCCAUUGCUACUAGACUGAAUGUUUUGAAGCUGGUUUAUUAACAGGGUAAAGCUGAUAAUGUUAUUGAUAAUAUCCAGCAUCUUAUAAUUUAGUGGUCCAAAUAAUCGACAAUCCUCAAAAAGCUAGUGGAGGUCCCAUAAGACAUUCAUAAAUGUCAUGAUCAGGAAUCCCUAUUAAUUACAGCAGAUGUGCCAGGUUGUAUGAAAAGGUUAUUUUUACGGGAUGGUUUGAGCCUCUAAUACUUCUAGAAAAGAUGCCUCAAGUUUCUUUUCCAAGCAGAGCAGAAACUCUACAUAGUGAUGCAAUGAUUUUGUAAUAACUUGUAAGUUGUUUAUAGUAUUAUAUAAGUUAUAAAACUAAGGAGUCUUUAUCCUCACACAGCUGACUCUAAAGCCUCAGGGCUCAAUGUCUGUAAUCUGCGGGCAGGUUUACCCGAGUCACAUGGUCUCAGCGGAUGUGAGCCAGGCCUCCUGGUCUCGCCUACUUUUACCUUUCAUAAUUUUAUCUUCAAGAGGAAAUUGGACUUUUAAAGUAUGCCUCCUGAAACACUUAAGUUCUCUGGAGCUUUACACAUAGUACACUACAAAGUUUUAUAAUUGUUUAAUAAUAAUUGCACAUUGGGUCGGUGUAGGGAACCAGACACACACAUAUAUAUUGUGUGUAUAUAAAAACAACACAUCAGAGAGAGUGUCUAUAUACUGUUUGUGUGGUAUGAGAUCCUGUAACUGCACACUGCUGAUUACUGUUUUCUAGAACCUGACUGGGCUGGACAUGUAAAUGUACUUCAUUAACAAAAAGUAGGGCUGGGCUGUAUACACUGUUGCCAACUAAACUUCCAGGUAAGUUGCUAGAGGCAGGUCGAUUUGUCGCUAAAUGAUGUUGUGAUGUCAUUGCGUAUAACUUCAUUACAUAAUGACGUAAAACUGCGUCAUUACGUAGAAUACAAAAUAACUGGCUCAAAUUGACUGUCCUUCUCAGCAUAAAAUUUAGUUUAGAUUUGUUUGUUCAUUAUCACAAUUGAACAAUUACAUGUAAUUUCCUAUUAAUUAGUAAACCUAUACAUUCUGAACAAUUAUAGUUGUAAGCAGCCUAUAUGUCGUUAGUUAACAUGCUGCCAAAAUGAUCAACAAUUAUAGGUACAAGCUAAUAAUAAGGUAUAUAUGCUAUUUGAUUGAACAAGCAACUUAAAUUCAAAUAAUGAUGUGGGUACUAAGCAUCUCGUUCUAGCUGUCUCCAGGCUGCAGCUUGGUGUUAAAGUCACUUACAAUGUACUUUUGUGUAAUUUGUGUAUUGAGAUGGAGUUAUGGUUAUAACCUUGUAAAAACAAUUAUUACCCAAAAUGAAUGCUCUUUAACAGGGUAAAACACUAGGACACAACAGUUUGUGACAGAUAAACAAUUUUUUAUUGCCACUGGUGGCACUAACACUAGCUGCCACAACAGCUAACAAGCUAACUAACAAGCAGGGAACAGCUGUUUAUUUGUCUGGCGGGCCCUUUCGGCUACAAAAGAUGUUUUUACUCUAAAAAAAAAAGCAUACCAUGAUUAACCGUGAUACUGCCAGAAUCAGACAAAACUGAAAUAUAAAAUUUUGGCCAUACCGCCCAGCCAUAGCAAAAACUUUGAAAUUUGAAACAUUGAAGAGUAACAGCAUAGUUUCAAUCAAUCAAUCAACUCUUUAUUACAGACUCACGGUCCAGAUAGUACAAAAAAUAUAUAUAUAAAUAUAAAUAUAUAAUUAAAAUUACAAACAGGGUCACAAGCUGAGUACCUAGACCUACAAAGGCUGCAUGAACAAACAGCUGUACCAAUGUCUCCACAGCUGGGACUGGUAGCUUGUAGUGCUAAACUUUAUAUUUGACAAAGCAGGGAUAGUGACAUUUUCAGAAACGUUAACCCGGCAGAUACAUUUAUACAUACGGUUUCUUAGUACACCUUUGAAAAUGUUAACUCCCGCAGUGACGCACUGGCACUACACCAUCUAGGCCUCUUAAGCAAUAUUCGCAUGGUAUCAUUAUAAGCUAUUUGGAGUCCCUGCAGACUUGCCUUUUUAGAAUUGAACCACAAUUGUGCAGUGUAGAGUGGUGUACAAUAAGCUCUAAACAGAGACAUCUUCACUCCAUCUGUACACAUACCAAAUUUGCGCAAAAGAAUGUUAGCUUGUGCAUACAUGUUACGACAUUGCCUAUAAAUAUCAUCAUCAGUCAUCCGUUCUGUAAUAAAAUGUCCAAGAUAUUUCACCUUAUCACAGGCAACAAGGUAAUUAUCAGACAAUUUAAAAUUAGGGAAUUUUAUAACUGUGUCCUCUUUUGUUCUACAAAUAUAGUCUAGAGUACAUAUAGAUUACAAAUAGCAGUCUUACUGGCAUUGUAUUUUAUAUCAUGUUCCACACCAUAGACAGUACGUGUAUUAAGUAGCUGCUGGAGACCAGCACUGCUUGGGCUAAAAAUCACAAUAUCAUCUGCAUACAUAAUAUGAUUCAUUAAGGCAUUACCGAUCAUGCACCCAGUAUUACAGGCUUUCAACUGCUUGGAGAGAUCAUUAAUAUAUAAAUUAAAAAGGAGUGGGGACAAAAUCCCUCCUUGUCGGACACCAUUGGUGACCCCAAAUGGGGCUGAGAAACUUUGGCCCCAUUUCACUUGCAUUGUCUGGUGGGCAUACCAGUAGGCCAGAAUUCUCACAAUGUGUUCGGGGGCACCUCUUUGGCUCAAUUAAAAAAAAAAAUUCCAUGAUUAACACGAUCAAAAGCUUUUGAGGCUUGUCUGCAUUUUAUCUGGGAUGAGUUUCUGCCAGGUUGGGACACUAGACUAGACACUACUAGAUAUUUAUUACUGUGUAAGGGUAUGAAUCAUACAUGAGCCCUUUUCUCAGGUAAGAUUUUUAAUGUGUUACAGGAUGAAUUAUACCAGGGCCUUGUUGUAUGAAGCAUAUUAAGUAGUCCUAAUACUUGCAUCUCUAUGUGCUCAAGUUCUACAGGAACUCAAUCCAAACUUUAUCACCUAUGAAUCUAUGCAUUAUAAUAAUUCAUUUAUUUUUUUGUGUGUAACACUGGCACCUGUGAUCUUUUUAAUUACUUUUUUAAUUAAUUAAAUAAUGAAUUAUUUAA